AUGGCUUCCCCAAGCGUUCUCACCUUUGACGCUGAGGGUCGGGCAGUGGACUUUGAGGUCUGGGUAGAUGAUCUGGAGCUCUUCCUGCAGUGCGAUAGAGCAGACGGCCUCUCCCUAUUUAACCUCACUUCUGGUGCCUCCCCUGCCCCUGCUGCUGAUGCUGACGCCACUGUUCGCUCACAGUGGGCCACACGUGACACUGCUGCUCGCCUUGGUGUGCGCCGUCACUUACCGACCACUGAGCGUGCACACUUUAGCAAGUACAAGAGUGCUCAGACCUUGGACCAGUUCCUCUCUGUUUGCCCCACCACUCUCACCGUUGACCUCCUCGAGAAGGCCCUCCUAGCGAUAGAGAAGAGCAUAGUCGCUGUAGGAGCCUCUCGUGGUGACCCUCGCACCCCCGUCUUUGAGGGGUGUUCUCCCUCCCCCCUCUUGCCCUCUGUUGCCUCUGCUGCUGCGGCCGACCUCGUUGGUUUCGAGUCGGUCGGCGCUGCGUCUGCGGGAGACGCCUCACCGGCAAGGGCAAGGGGGGCAAGGGCACUGGAGGGGGUGGAGGGGGCGGUGGAGGUGGUGGUGGAGGCGGUGGAGGGAGUGGGGGUGGUGGUGGGAGUGGUGCUGGGGGUGGCGGCGGCGGCGGCAGCAGUGGAGGCGGCGGAGGCGGUGGAGGUGGCGGAGGGAGCGGAGGCGGCGGAGGUAGUCGAGGAGGCGGAGGUGGAGGAGGCGGAGGAGGCGGCGGAGGCGGCGGCGGCGGCGGAGGCGGCGGUGGUGGAGGGAGUCGCGACUCUGCGCCGAGGAGUGGCGCUGGUGGUGGUCAGCGCCAGCAGCAGCAGCGGAGUGGUGUGA